AUGGACACUGCAGAGAAAAGCAUUCUUUUCUGUUUUCUCUUACAAGCUGUUUGCUGUAGAGAUUUCAACAUCAGUCUGCCACAGAAGAUCGAAGCUCUCAGUGGAUCCUGUGUGAUCAUAAAGUGCAGAUUUGAGAUUCAGGUACAAUAUGACAAAGACCUCACUGAGAGAGCUACAGGACAGUGGUUCAAGAACGGGACUGAUGUGAACAACAAUCUAGUGUUUAAUUCAAGCACAUCAAGCCAGAACUCCUUGAAAGGGAAAAUAACUGGAAAAUUAAAAGACAAGAACUGUACCACUGUUUUUCAUGACCUCAGAUCAAAUCACAUUGGUCAAUAUUACUUCAGGAUUGAGGGUGACGGUGGACUGAAAUGGGCCUAUUCAAAAACAAGUGUUUCAAUUCAUGUGAUCGACUCUCCCCCCAAACCCACAGUGCAGCUGUAUGUGGAGCAGAAGGAGGUGCAGGAUCAGGAGGAGGUGUUGGAGGGGAGCUCUGUGAGUCUGCGCUGCUCUGCUGAGACUCUCUGCUCCUCUCCUCCACCAACUCUCACAUGGAGCUCCACUCCCAGAAUCCCCCUCAGUGAGAGCAGCAGACUACAGGAGCUCAUCUCUGAUCUGAACUUCACUGCUACUCACCGUCAGCACAGAGUCACUUUCACCUGCACUAUAACCUACCAGCUACAGGACGAGAACAAAACAGCACAGGACAGCAUCACAUUACAUGUUCAGUAUGAGCCUAAAAUCUCAAAUUCCAGCUGUACUAGGACUGAUGUAACUGUGUGUUUCUGUGAGGCUGAUGGGAAUCCCUCUCCUGAACUGGAGUGGCAUCUGUCUGGACGUCCUGUCACUAACUCUUCAAACACGUUCAUCAGUGAAGAGCGAUUGAGCAGCACAGGCUUGAGGAGCUCCAUCACUCUUCAUCAGUCUCUCACACACACUUCCACUCUGCAGUGUGCCAGCAGAAACACUCAUGGCAAUGCAAGUCAACUCUUUCAGCUGCCUUCAUCUGUUGCAUGUUUGAAUCUUUUCUCUGUGCUGAUUGGAGUUGUUGUGGGUUUGGUGGUCGUGUUGUUGUGCGCCAUUACAUAUAUCUGUGUCGUUCCACAGGAGAAUCAAGACGGCCCUGUUUAUGUUAUGAUGUCAUCUGCUGGAGCCACCACAGCAAACCAAGAAUCCAUCAUUUAUUCCUCCUUUGACUUUAAACCACGAGAGGUCGGGAGCGUCUCCUCACUUCAUGCUGACUACAGUAUGGUCCAGGAUUGUUCGGGAGGGUUGGCAAAGACUGAGAGCUCAAUGGCAGAGUCUUCAAGAGCAAGAGAAGCACAGGUGAUUGUGAGUGCAGAUGUGCUUACUAAACAAACAGAGUCAAAGCAAUCAGAGGAAGAGCUGUUUGCAGACUCCUCUGAGCUUUACGCAAAGGUUAAACAUCGUAACCCAUAA